CUCAUCGCGCUUGCUGUCAUUCCUCCGUUCACCACUCACCACUCACCUCAUAUCAUGCAUCCGCGCCUACUCGCCGGCGUCCAGCGUGCCCGGGUCGGCGCGAUUCCCGCCGCUCGCUCUCUUGCGCCCCUUGCCCGCGCCCGCGCAUCGGUAUAUCUCCGGCCAGCAUUCCGCACCGUCACGACGUCGCGGAGUGCCCUCUCGCCCGGCCAGCGCGAAGACUUGGAGCACAAAAUCCACGAUUCGCAGGCAGCCGCGUCUUUCCAUGACCCGAUGACGCGGUACGAGUUCCUCGUCAACGAGGGCGUCCUAAGACCCGACGAGCACCAGCGAAAGAUCGUGAAGAAGCUAAUGCCACUCUGGGAGCAACUGAAGGACUACGACCCGGGACCGCUCCCCGAGCCUGAGGCAGAGGUGCAGCCUUCCUUCUUCGGCAAGUUCUUCACGCGCAAGAGCUCGACCCUUGAGCCUAUCAUCCCGCUUGACCAGGUGCCCAAGGGCCUGUAUCUGUAUGGCUCGGUGGGGACGGGCAAGACGAUGUUGAUGGACCUGUUCCAUUCGACACUGCCGCACCAGUUCCAGGCUGGCGGCAAGUACGGGAGCACGCGCAUCCACUUCCAUUCGUUCAUGAUCGAGGUGCUGCAGCGUCAGCAUGCGGUCACGGCGCGGUACACCGCUGAAGGGGAUGGAAAGCGCGACGCCAUUCCCGAGGUGGCGCGUAGCAUUGCCGCCGAUGGGCGCGUGCUCUGCUUCGACGAGUUUCAGGUCACGGACAUUGUGACAGCCAUGCUUCUGCGCAACCUGUUCGAGCGCCUGACAGACUUUGGUGUUGUGGCCAUCAUCACGUCCAACCGCCACCCGGAUGAGCUGUACAUCAACGGUAUCCAGCGCGAGUCAUUCAUCCCGGCUAUUGACCUUAUCAAGGAACGCUUCGACAUUGUCGAUCUCAAUUCGGGCACGGACUACCGCAAGAUGCCGCGGACGAUCACGCACGUCUACUACCACCCGUUGAACGAGGAGACGUCGGCCGAGAUGGACAAGCUCUUCCACGGCCUCGCGAGCGCCGACCCGGACCCGGAGAUCAAGAUCAACCGCAAACUUCCGCUGUGGGGGCGAGAGCUCACCGUUCCCGAGUCGUCGGGCCACGUCGCGCGCUUCACAUUCGACGAUUUGUGUAACCACCCCCUCAGCGCGGCCGACUACCUUGAAAUUACGGCCAAGUUCCCGACUGUAUUCGUUGAGGAGGUGCCCAAGCUCACCUUGAGCGAGCGUGACCAGGCGCGUCGCUUCAUCACGUUCAUCGACGCGUGCUACGAGAACAAGACGAAAUUGUUUAUCUCAUCCAACGGGCCGAUCUACAGCAUUUUCUCCGACGAGAACGGGUCGGCCAUGGACGAUGAGACCAUCAAGCAGACGAUGACGGAUUUAGGCAUCAACACCGAGGUCGUAGGGUCCUCGUCGCUCUUCAGCUCGGACGAGGAGCUGUUCGCGUUCGCGCGCUGUGUCUCGCGCCUGACGCAGAUGGCGACCAAGGAGUGGGCAGACGAGAGCGCGCUUGCGCACCCGACCAACGGCAAAAAACCCCCCGCGGCCCGGCAAUAAAGAGAAACAAGAGCAGCUCAGAAGAUAUCACACCACAUUCUUGGUAUAUACCCUGCAUCCAGCAUGCUGUAGAGCCCAGGUGGCGUAUGCAUGGUCUGACAUUGUAGG